AUGGACAGCGAAUUUAUCCACGACUACUUUGUGCACAAGGCAGUGCGGAAUGUGGUGGGAUUCUCUUGUGGAAACGCCACAAACGACUUUUACUUCGUGAAGUCAUUGAGCAGAGCCGGUAUAUUCACGAUCAUCAGGAAACACGACAGAACCAUCAACAUGCGACAAUUCUUGAACACCGAGACUUGGAGUUUGGGAGUCGUCGUGGAUUUGCGUUGUCAGAACGAAAGCGCCGUGAUUAUCUUUGCCGAGACUUCCAAGUAUCGUAUGUACGACUACGCGUAUCACUGGUUGGUUCUGGGAUCAACGCUCAACAGUAGCGUGUCGCUUUUGAACGACAGCGCUUACAGCAUGACGACCGAUUUCGUGCUCGCGAUAAUGAACAGCAACGGUUACGAUCUGUACGACGUUUACAAUCACUGCAAAUAUCGAGGAGGCACCUUGAAUGUGACGAGUUUGGGCUCGUGGCGGCAAGAAACAGGCCUUACCAUCAAUCUAACCCAGCCUUUGGUUCAGAGAAGAGCCAAUAUGCACGGCAUGACACUGAAGAUCUCUGGCGUGAUACAAUACAGACCGAAAAAUAUGCGGUUGGAGGAUUACAUGCACGACAUUAAUACCAGAUCAUUGGACAGCAUGCACAAGUUCGUGUACGCGAUGAUAUCUCACACCGCCGAUCUCUUCAAUUUCACUGUGCAUGCGUCGGAGAUAAUUUACUGGGAUCGCCACAGCGUGCACGGCUUGAUAUUCGAGAUACUACAGACGAAUUACAUCGACUUUGCUAGCAACCCCCGAAUUAUGGUAUCCGAGAGAUUGGAUUACGCCAAUCUCAUCGGCGCGGCCUGGCCGAUUCGACCUUGCUUCAUGCUGCUGUCCACGUCAUCGAACAACAUCAAGCUCGAAAUUUUUCUGAAACCAUUUGCGCGCCAGACCUGGUACCUGAACGCCGUGUUUGUGGUGCUCUCUAUGUUCGUCAUGAAAAUAAUAAUGAAAUGCGAGGAGUCGACCAAGGAAGAAGAAAAUUCUAGCGCCAUGGUUCUUACCAUCGGAAUUGUUGCCCAGCAAGGUAAGAGAAAUAACGUCAGGCAUAGUUUUGACAGUUUAAUGAACAAUGUCUUCGUCGCAGGUGCGAAUUUCUUUCCCAAACACAUUCCGGGUCGCAUCGCUCUUCUGCAGAUCAUCCUGUUCAACUUGAUUAUAUAUUACUAUUACUCGGGCAGUAUAGUGUCAGCUCGUUUGAGCGAGCCCCUCGACAUGAUGGAAGAUGACGUAACGGUUCUCGCAGACAGUGAGCUGAGAAUUGCCGCGGAGGCUGUGCCGUAUCUGAAUUACUUUCUAUACAAACUCAACUCGGAAUCGAAUUACUUCAGAAAGAAACGCUGGGAUCCUCUGCCGGAAUCCAAGCGAUAUUUACCGAUAGAAGAGGGUAUGAGGCAAGUGAGCGAGGGUAUUCUGGCCUAUCACACGGAUCCGAACACGGCGUAUCCCUACGUCGAGAGAAUGUUCGAUCCGAUCAAGAUCUGCCAAUUGACAGAGAUUCAUCUGUUCAAGCAGUCCGUUAUGGGUAUGUACGCCAGUCACAAUGGCCAGUUCACCGAAUUGGCGAAGAUCGGUUUCAGACUGUACAAGAUGUUCAAUACCGGAUUGCGCGAUCGUCAGAUAAAAUAUUGGUCAAGCAGAAAACCUCAGUGCCAACUCGACACGUUGUCCACGAGAAGCAUAUCUAUCUACGAAACCGCUCCGGCUCUGAUUCUGUUAGUUUUCGGUAUGAUCGUCGCGAGUGUGACGUGCGUCAUCGAGAACAUUAUUCACUAUCGAUUCACAAGGAAAACACUGAGAGAAUCAAGGACAAGCGACGACACGAACAUCGCCGGUUCGAGCGAGGAAAAUUUGCUCGAAGAAGAAAAAGAUUCCGUCUCGCCUUGACAAGUAAAACACCCUGCGCGAAAGUGACUUAUAAUUGGAUCGUUCGUUAGUGUCUCGUUAUCGUACACUUAGUUUACGAAGAAAAGAACAGACACACACGCUACACACAAAUGUAAUUUUUCUCUGUAAUAUUGCUGUAAUAAAGUCAUAAAUAUUCACUUUGCAUCGAAGACCUUGGCGGAGGGAAAAAUUUUCUGUGAAUACUUUUGUAGGAAACAACCGGAUAAUAGUCGGCAAGACAGGCAAAUCGAUAGGUUGAUGAAUUCGCUAGGGUUCGGAUAAUUGAUAGGGAAUUAGGGUAAAAAAAUUGUGUAGAGAACUCUGGAAUCGAAGUACUGAGCGUCGUGUUACAUCGUCUACAGGGUGUCUCACUGCUACAACGGAACUGAUCGAUAACUAAAUUAUCCAGACAAGGCAU